UUGUUAUGAAGUGGGGACAGAGGGAAGCGGGGGGAGCUCGUUCGCGACUGCUUGCUCGUGCGUUGCACAGUUCUGUAAUUUAAUUAUUAUGUAGAUUAUCAAAACUUACCCCAUUGUUCUCGGUUCACAUAAAAUGUAAAAAGCCACCGCUUAUUCUCACGGAACGAAGAAAGUUGAGCAAGAAAAGUAUCAGACAGUAUUGUGGAUUUUAUAGUGAUUGGACGAAUUGUUUGUUCGUGCCAUGGCGAGCUAGUUAAUCAAUAAACAACUCGGAAACUUAGUGAAAUCUAGUUUUCAAUACUGAAGUUUGGUGAAGUUAUACUUGAUGGCGGGUUUUCAAGCGAGCGACACGAUGCCGAAACUCGGUCAUGUGGGGGACCUGCGCGAGCAGUGGCUCGUGCGCGCGGACGGCGCGCUGGCGCACCGCCUGCAGGACCGAGAGAUCUCCUCACACCUCUGCGAGAACAGGUUCCGCAACCAGCAGAUCCGCGAGGACUUCCCGGUGGCGCUGAGCGAACAGCAGGGGCUCGAGCAAGAGGCGCGCCUGCGCGAGCUCGCGCGCCGCCGCCAGGCCGACGUGGACGCCGAGAUCGCGCGAGAGAUGGCCGAGAUCAACCUUCGCCGCCAGCGCCGCCAGCACACCGACCUCAUCCAGCCCAGCUCCUCGGGCACUCCGCCCGAGCCGGCCCGGGCGGCUCCCGUCAAAUCUCCGCCUAAGCUCUUAGGCGGCAUAGCGCCGGAGGAGCUGGGGCUGUCGCCGGCGGAACUUGAAGAGCUGAGGCUGAGGUUGGAGCAGGAGGAGCGAGACGCUCGGCUCGCGAGACAGCUGAGCAGCGAGGUGCAGCAACAGGAUGUGCUGCUGGCGGACAUGCGGUGCGCUGUGGAGGCACAGGACGGCGAACUGGCGCGCCUGCUGCAGGAGCGCGAGUACAAGAAGCUCCAGCGGGCCAAGGAGAAGGCUCGCCAGAAGGCCCUCCUCAAGAAACAGCAGCGCUUGACUGCCCAGCAGAUAGACACGCCUGACACCAGCCAGGCCACACUCUGCGAUGCCUACAGCAACCCCAGGGACAUAAUACGUGACAAUAGAUUAAGGCUUUGCAAAUCUGUGGAUUCAGAUCUGAACUACGUAGAGCCUUUCGAAAAGGAACAUAUCCAAUCGAAAGCCAGUGCCCUACAGUCCAAGGAGAUAUCCAAACAGUACUACAACGACCAACCCGGCACAUCCACUGUCAAUAUAAACAAUGUGACACAUGUGCACACCAGGUCUUUUGAAUCGGAUCGCUCCGCCUCCAAUUCUGGGACGUCAUCACUUCAGCACAGGCAGCCCCCACCUCCACCUACAUCAGGCAAGAAGCCCCGCUUCCCUGACCCGGUGAGUAUCCGACCAGCUUCCCACUAUGCCGUAGAGACUGGUGACAGUCCUCCACAGGCGAUCCCGCACAGCUACAGUGAGAACAACAACCUGUACAGCUCCACGUUCCCCCCGGACCUGGCGGGCCCCCCGCACAUGGACCGGCACCAGGACAACUCCAAGAGGUUGUCGGUGAUAUCUGACAUCACGGCCGAGGGCCUGGCCAAGAAGAAGAGCAAGCAAGCUGAGAUGCACAAGAAGAGAAAGGGAUGCAAGAUACAGUAGAAGUAUUUACAUGUUUAGUCUUGCAGGUUUGCUGAUUUCUUUUUGGUUAGAAGAUUGUUUUUAUGUAUGUCGGCCUGAUGCUUAAUUGCAAAAGUGUUACA